CUAUGUUUCUAUGAUGGCCCAAGAACACGCUCAUUCUUCAGCCAUAGAGAGACUUUUGAAUUGUGAGGUACCAUUACGAGCUCAAUAUAUACGAGUGUUAUUCUGUGAAAUAACUCGAAUUUCAAAUCAUUCACUUGCUUGAACUACUCAUGCUAUGGAUGUAGGAGCAUCAACUCCGUUCCUGUGGGCUUUUGAGGAGCGGGAGAAAUUUUUCAAAUUCUAUGAAAGAGUCUCGGGAGCCAGGAUGCAUGCCA